ACUGGGAGCAGAGGCAUAUGAGUCAGGGUACGCAUGCUUCAGCUGUGAGAGGCUCAACUCCCCUUGGCUGGCUGGCAUCCCAGAGCAAAGGCAGACAGAGACAGAGAAGACUGCGGGUAAAAACACUCAGCAGACGUAGAUUAGAGGCUCGAGAAAGUGGUUGGAAGGAAGUUCGAAAAACCAGUCAUGGCAGAUAGAGGUAUGACAACGGAUCAAGUAAUCCAUGCAGCAGUGCCCUAUGAUGACGAAGAGGUGGCUCUGGUAGGUUCUGCCUCAGAAUCGGCCUUAGACGAUGUUUCUGAAGAGGCAGACCUAGUGCUGGCCACGGGCUCUGGAGGUGCCAGUGAAGCUCAGAGGAAUGGCGUCAUGGUUCUGGCUCUGCUAGACAAAAUAAUCGGGGUGGUGGACAACAUCCAGCACACUCAGAAUGGACUGGAGGCUCGACAGGAGGCCAUGGAGAAGUCGGUGUCAACGAUCCAAGGGGAGCUGACCAAGUUGUCCAAGAACCACGUUGACACUGCCAAGACAGUCAACAAAAUGCUAGACAAGGUGCGCAAGGUCAGUGUCAACAUCAAGACGGUACGCAGCAACCUGGAGAAGCAGGCGGGCCAGAUCAAAAAGCUGGAGAACAACGAGAACGAGCUGCUGAAGCGACGCCACUUCAAAGUCCUGAUCUACCAGGACCAAGUAAAGGCGUCAAAGGAGUCCAAACAGAAGACAGCACAGACAGCUGAAGGUGAAGCAGUGGAAAACCUUGAGCAGAUACCUGAGGAGGAGCGAGAGGGGGUUCAAGCCGCUGUCAAUUCAGAUGAAGAGGUGGAGAUUGAGGAGAUCAUUGAAGAGUCCCGCACUAAGCGGCUCCAGCGCACCACCAAACAGCAAGUGGAAAACAUAAAGAAAGCCUUCUCGAAGGAGAAAAUGGAGAAAACGAAACAAAAGACGAAAGAAAACUUGGAGAAGACAAAGAAGAGAACCCGUGAGAACCUGGAGAAGACGAGACAGAGAACCCGGGACAAUCUGGAGAAAACGAAGCACAGCCUUGAAAUGAAGAUUGAUAAACUCGGGACCCGCAUGACCCCCAACCAGGAGCGGAGAGCAAAGAUGAAAACCUACAAGGAGAAAGUGAAGAAGUCCCUGACCCCUGAUCACGCCAUCAACUCUCGCUCCAAAACAACAGUGUAUCGAGUCCCCCCCUUCACCUUCCAUGUGAAGAAGGUCAGAGAAGGGGAGGAGGAAGAGGUGGUGCAGAACACAGAGAUGGUGGAAGUGACAGAAGGAGAAGCUCAGCUGGGUGAAGAGGAGAACGGGCUGGGAGUGCAUGUAGAGAUAGAAGAAGGGAAAUUAGUGGAUAUAGACAAUCCAGAGAGGCAGACUCUUUUGGAGGUGACUGAGGACUCUCAGUUGGUCAGUGUGGAACCAGAAUAUCUAAAGAAAGCCCAUGGCAAAUAAAGGAUUUGCUACAAAAAAAAGUGAAGAAAAACCCUGGCGUUGAGGAAAUCAACACCCAUGAGAAAGUCUAAUCUGAAAAAAACAGCAACGGCUCUGGAGGCCUUGAAGACAUGUUUGUAUUUUGACAUCAUUUCAGUUUUGUCCUCUGCUGGUAAUUUUCCAAAGAAGGAAUACUUUCAUGUUUUCACACUUCUCUUGUAAAAAGCAGCUGAACAGCAGACACAAACCUAGCUUUUGGAAUACCUCUAGGGUCGGUUUGAGUAACUUCUGUUGACAUUUUCUGACUAUUUUUUCUUUUUCUUUUGAAAGACGAAAACUUUAUAAAGUAUUGUCGUUUUUAUGGAAUGAUUUUUAAAAUGUAUCCUCUUUUUUUUGGUAGGUCCUUCCGCUUCUUACAGUCUGUGUGAUCAAACUAAGAUGCAGAAGUCAAAGGACUCGGCUUAAAGACACAAGCAGGAAAAGUGAACCAAUGUGCUAUACCCAAAAGGCACUAUCACAAUGUAAAAGUGUUCAUUUAAAAUACAAAAAAAGUCAUCCUUUCUAAAUAUUACAAAAUAAACUGUAGCAUAGAACACACUUAUUUAAUUAUCACAAUAUAUUUCAACCAAAGAAAAUCUGUGCUUCCAUGCAGCUUUGCUCAGUUUUUCUCACAUUUUGUCACUUGCCCCCAUUAUCUUUGAACAGGUUUUGCUUGAAUCUAGUUCAAGCACUGGAGGGGAAAUCACAAUUGGUACCAGCUUGUGAAACUGCUUAAACGUUUAGGUUUAACAGUUUCACAGCUCAUGGAGCAAUAUGAAGAUCCAGGUUCACUUAACGUGACAUCAAGACUUUGACAUUGGAGUUGUUAAGGUGGAUUAAAGUCAUUCUUUACACAUC